GAAACCUCCAGUGUCAAAUUAUGGCUUUUAUUAACAUUCUCAUUGUCAUCCUCGCUCUUUCUAGCACACCAAUUACCAUAAUGUCUGUAACUGAGACAAACAAUAGAAAUGCAACUACAAACUCUUACACCAACGUUGCUCUUUCUGCGCGAAAAGUUGCAUUUCCUCCUCCCAGAAAGCUAGGAGAAAACUCGACAAAUUCUACCGACUACAACUUGAUCUGCAAAACUUGCAAGAGAUUAUCAGAACGCAAUACAUGUUGUUUCAACUAUAGUUGUGUUGAUUUGUCCACCAACAGGUUCAACUGUGGAUCCUGUGGCCUUGUCUGUAACCUUGGAACGAGAUGCUGUGGUGGAAUCUGUGUGGACAUCCAGAAAGACAAUGGCAAUUGUGGCAAGUGUUCUAAUGUUUGCUCUCCUGGUCAGAUGUGUUCAUUUGGUUUUUGUGACUAUGCCUAAGUAUAUUUCCCUUUGUCUACUAAUAACCAGAGUCUUGUGUAAGCCUGUCAAAUAACUAACUCCCCUGUCCCCAGGGUGAUAUGUUACUCUAAUAAUGUUUGAGAUUUGCAUUCUGUGUUGUUUGUAUUAGUAAGUUAUGGCUAGUAAUCUAUUUGAGGUGACUUGGAAUACA